UUUUUGCCAUGGUGGUUCUGGAAGCAACAGUCUUGGUUUGUGCGGUGAGGUCAGCAGUUGUCAUGGUGUCCGCCGUGGAAUGGGUCGCGAUAGGCGUGUUUGUGUUCGCAGUGUUCUUGGUCUACUGUGCUGUGAAGGCAAUGCGACCGAAGAAGGGAGCAGAAGGCGAUGACAUCUUGGAGGAGAUGAUCAACGGAUUUGACUUCACGUUGCCGCCUCAAAUUGAGGAAUACCGUGCGUUAAAAGAAAAGGCCCCGGCAGUGUUGGCCGAAGAAGACAUGAAGACGUUGUGCUCUGCGUUGUUUCGACGAGCUGUGGCUGACAUCCCUCUUAUCCGAAGAAUACAGACAGAAGCGCAAGGGAUGCAUCGACUAAAGACGAACGACUUGAUUAAGGACGGGUCGUACAUGAGCUUCAAAUUGGCCGAAGAGAUGAUUGGCGAAGAAAUCAAAGAAGUUCGCGAAGAAGCACAAGCCCUUCAGCCUCAGGACAAUUGGGGCGAGAGCAUAUUCGCCCAAGCUGUUCAAUUUAUCAACCACAUGUCGGAGCAAGAGGAACUGGCAGAACAAAAAAAGAGACAAGCCGAAGUGGAUGCCCAACAACAGGCCGCCAAGCAAGCCGAAAUGGCCGCGCAGCUGGCAGCUGAUUUGCGCAAGCGAAAGUAGGUAGAUAUCGGAUUAUGUUUGAAUCCACUCUAUCGUGUGUUGUGUA